AUGGACGGCACUGGGGAAUGUAAAGGCAUGCAGUGUGAGUCCAUCGAGGAUGUCAAGCAUAGAAUGGUGGGUGGGGAAGGAGAGUACGCACGGGGUCGGAGAGAGGAUUGUGCCUUGGGAGUGAUCCGACAUGGACAUUGUCGCGAGCGUGCUCGCAUGUGCUCGUCGAUUGUUGCUUGCGCUGCAGAGCAGGAAGAAGAACGUGAAUACAUGGAAUUAUUGAAGAACUCGUUCGGCAUUGGUCAACAAUGCGGAAGUGCGAAUGCGAAUGCAAAAAGGAAGGCAAGCAUAAAACAAGAAGGACAACGGAGGAGAGGCAACGCAAGCGGCGGAGCAAGGAGUGGGAGGGAUGGGAGGGAUGAAAGACAAAAAGUUGGGAGGAGAUGGAUGAGCAACUAUUGUGCAGGUUAUUGUGAAGUGGACUGGCUGCUUACGCUUUAUGUUGAAGGACAGUGUAGUCAGCUCAGUGGCAUCAUCGCGCGAUCUGAGGCUCAGCGCGGGCAUCGCAACAGCAGAUUGGAGAGACAAGUACAGUGA